CAGUUUUUGCUUUCCGUAGCUACAUUUUCUGACCGGUGUCAUGUCUGCGCCUAUGCUAAGCGCGUGGUGACGCUCGCUCGCUAUUUUUCCUGUUUUGAAUCAGGUUCUUUGGAAGUUAUUCUCCACAUGGCAGAGGCGACCCAAGACAAACCUACCGGACUGAAGUUCGCGGAGCAGCAGCUUCUGCGGCACGGAUGGGAAAAAGGUAAAGGUCUGGGCAGGAGAGAGAGUGGCAUCUCAGAGGCUAUUAAAGUCAAAAUUAAAUGUGAUAAAGGAGGGGUGGGUCAUAAAGAAGGUGAACAAUUCACUUUCCACUGGUGGGAUCAUGUUUUUAACAAGGCCUCCUCCAACCUGGUUGUGGAAACAGGGCAGGAUGGUGUGAAGGUAAAGGCGGACGACAGCAAUAAUGUCUUGAUCUCCAACAGAAAGCCAACCAAAGCUCAGCAAGCAAAGUCCAUGUUGUAUGGAUCUUUUGUCAAGUCAGCAACUCUGCUCUCAGGUGAACUGCAGCCAGAAAAGCCCUCCGAGUCAGAUGAUAGCAGCAGUAGUUCUGAAGAUGAAGACCAUAAACUGGACCUCUCCAGUACUACAAAGUUAUCAGAUGCAGACCUGCUCAAAGCUUGUGGAGGACGAACAGCGCACAAGGGAGCCAGACAUGGUCUUACUAUGAAUGCCAAACUGGCCCGUCUUGAGCAGCAGGAGCUAGAGUUCAUGAACAAGUACGGUAAAAAUAACCAGCCGGCACGAACAUCCACAAACCCUGAGGACAAUAAAGAUGCUACAGAGAAAACAAAACGUAAGAAAUCAAAAAGGAAGGAGAAGCCAUCAGAGGAGGUCUCUAAUGGAUCUGUUUUUGUGAAUGAUGAUACGAUGACUGAUGCUAAAACUAAGAAAAAGAAAAAUCGCAAAGCACAACCCGAAGGGAGUUUUAAUGGGGACUGUGGUUUAGCAGGAAAUAUGGAGUCCGCACUCACGACAGAAGGACUACAUGAAGAAUUUAAUGAAGCAGCUUCAUGCCUAUCAGUGGAGAAGGAGAAUAUCCCCAAGAAGGAGAAAAAGAAGAAGAAAAAGUGUAUGGUUGCUUCAUUGGAUAACACAGAUGUAAUCAGCGAGGAUUUCACAGACAAGCAACCACAUGAGGAUUCUAAGCAUCAACAAACAUCUGACAGUGUCUCCAAGAAAAAGAGAAAAAAGAAGUCCUCCAUGGACCAUCACGAGUCAUCUCCUUCCACAGAUACAAGGAGCUCCACCAGUGCCAUGAUGAUAACAGAUGACACUAACACACAAAGGGACAUGGAUAUGGACAUGGAGAUAGAAGGACAAGAAAAAAGUAGAAAGAAGAAUAAGAAAACGAAAAAACUACGAAAAAUGGAGAAGCAGACGGUGGACGAACAAGUGACAUUUGAGGACUCUGUGCCAAAGAAAAAGAAAAAAAAGUCCAAAGAGUAAACUUUGCAUUGAUGGUAGUCAGUGAUUAUAAACUGGGAUGCUAAAACAAACUUUUUAAGUGUAACUGUUUAUAUCUAAUAAUGCAAUAUUAUUUAUUCUGACAAAUGGUUGAUCUUUAAAGCUUGUUCCUUCUCACAAAUGCCAAAAUGAAUUGAUGUAUCCUAAGCGUGUCUAGGGAUGUUUUUACUGUGUGUACAAAUCAUGUGCAUAACAUAUUAUUUACAUAUCACAAUUACAACUAGAUAUGAAAUAAAUAAAGGCUAGUGUGUUGAUGAAACACCUAAUCAUUUUAAAACAAUAAAAUAUUUUUGAUGUUUUUAUAAA